AUGGAUGAUAGUAAUCAUGAUUUACUGCGUCCUGAUCAUCACAGCGCAACCGAUGUGCUAAAGCACUCGAAGUCAACAUGGAAUGCUCUGCUGUCCUCGGCUCAGUCUGAAACUGCUUUGCCGCAUGCCUGCAGUAACAUGAAAGCGCUUCUCAACAAGACCCCCUCGAUUCCUAAACCUGCCGAUGCUGCAGACUAUUUGGGAACGGACGCUCUAUACAUAGAAGGGUAUGCGAGCUGGUCAGUCUCGCCAGUCAAUCGAUCUUGUAAUUGCGAGCUGCCUUCCCGGAAAAAGACUGGAUCUCGAAAGGUCUACAUCGGGGGUUCUCAGCCAAGCACUUGUGAUCUAUCCGCGGAGUAUAUCUCAGAUUGGAACGGGGUACACCCCCUGCCAGGCCCCAUGUCUAAUUAUCUUGAGGUGUUUGUCCUUGGCUGGUCGUACAUUCUUUCAGCACGAUUGAUAGAGAUACGUCGGUCAACAAUCAAAGAUAAGGUGGUCUAUACCAAGAGCAAGGCUCAGUGGAAUCUUCACGGCCGACAUCAAACGGAUAAGUCAAUCAUGGAUGAUAGUUAUAUAAUAGACAUUGAAACCGACGAUUUCGCGGAACUUCGAUGGUGGGCUGCAAUUCUCGCAGAGGGACGAGGCUGGCAGGCUACUCUCACACGAGAAGGUAAAGAGUACUACCCACCGUGGGAUUGCCAUUUGAACAGCAGUUCAUUCCGACUGCACCAUUGGGCUCAAUUGCCGGCCUCGACCCCUACUAUUAACACUGAGCCGCCGUCCUCGGCACAAGCUCAAGAUUACCUGUUUAACCUGGCCCGAUAUCAUGACGCUUUUGACCAGUUAAUUAGUGCGUUGGCCGCCACCCUGACAAUACCACUGCAUAACUGGUUUGGCGCCAGUAUUACCUUACCUUUGCCGAAGCCAGAAAACCGUCCCAUCUCGCGUCGGAACACUGAACUGACAUAUCGAAACCAAAUACCGACAACUGCUGAAAUUCCUCAUUAUAUGGCUAUAUCAUGUACAUCUGGCGUGAUCACAUCUUGUUUAUUUGGUUGCUUCUGGGAACCAGAUAUUCCAUGCAACCUAGUCAGCCAAUGGUUGAACUUACCAAUGAGAGAGAUCUUCCCAUCUCUAAUUCGAUCAAAGAAUUACCAUGCUAUGGUCUGCACAAUGGCACAGCGCACGCCCAAUAUAGCUCCACUAUGGCUAGGCGCCCUAAUUACCGGCCUCCUACCCCGGAUAUUUCAAGUUUGUCGUUCAUAUCUACCAACAGUCUACCUCGAAGCGGGUACUUGGACUGCUUCUCCCCAGUCAUUCAUGGACCCUCAGUACUACCGUCUCACACCGGUUCACAAGACCAACAAUGUGGCAUUGAUUCCCCGAGAAGAUGAAUUCCGCUUGUUAUUUAUCACAGAUGUGGACUCGGAAACGUAUAGAAGCUCACCACUCCAUACCGUCCAUUUGGUGCUGAGCGAUUGUGGCAUGUCAUGCGGAUCGAAAGCUAUAGAAUCGAGCAUUGAACCCAACUUUCUUAGGACUAAAGCCUCGUCGCUGGUGAUUGCUCCCAUAUACAGAAAGCUUGUUUCUAUCUAUUCCUGGCUCAGGGGUCUUGAUCCAACAAGCCCUCUUUGUGAAGAGCUAGAUAAGGAGGGGGAAGCUUUUGAUGAUACACUCUCCGAGCUCGUGACACGGAACAUAUUCUCUUGGACCUUCUUCACUGAAGGUACUAGGCCAGAAGAAAGGGAGUUUUGGAAACAUGAAUGGCUGGAACUGCUAAUAGAUAGUGACGAUGACGUGGAAUCUAGUGAAACUAGUUCGUCUGAUGUCGAUGAUAGGGCAAACAGCGAAAACUUGAAUCAUGUCCAGAAGUGGUGGGAUGAUGUUGCUUCUCAAUUGGUAUGAUAUCGCAAAGGAUUGUUAGAAGAAAUGAAUAUCAAUAUUACUCUUAUUAGUAUAAUGUCAAGAUGU